UUUAUUUAUUUAUUUUUUGAGAAGGAGUCUUAAGGUUGCUUAGCAGCUGGCCUGCUGGAAAUCCUCUUGGGCCAGCAAGACUCCUGGCCGCCGCCAUGCAUCCCCCCAGCCUUCUGCUGCUCGCCCUCUGCAUCCUGGCUGCGCCUGCCGCCGCGCUCGUCAGGAUCCCGCUGCACAAGUUCACGUCCAUCCGCCGGACCAUGUCGGAGAUGGGGGGCCCUGUGGAGGACCUGAUUGCCAAAGGCCCCAUCUCGAAGUACUCCCAGGCGAUGCCGGCCGUGACCGAGGGGCCCAUUCCCGAGGUGCUGAAGAACUACAUGGACGCCCAGUACUACGGGGAGAUCGGCAUCGGGACGCCUCCCCAGUGCUUCACGGUCGUCUUCGACACGGGCUCCUCCAACCUGUGGGUCCCCUCCAUCCACUGCAAACUGCUGGACAUCGCUUGCUGGCUCCACCACAAAUACAACAGCGACAAGUCCAGCACCUACGUGAAGAAUGGCACCUCAUUUGCCAUCCACUACGGCUCGGGCAGCCUCUCCGGAUACCUGAGCCAGGACACUGUGUCGGUGCCCUGCAAGUCAGCGUCAUCAACCGCUGCCCUGGGCGGUGUCAAAGUGGAGAGGCAGGUCUUCGGGGAGGCCAUCAAGCAGCCAGGCAUCACCUUCAUCGCAGCCAAGUUCGACGGCAUCCUGGGCAUGGCCUAUCCCCGCAUCUCCGUCAACAACGUGCUACCCGUCUUCGACAACCUGAUGCAGCAGAAGCUGGUGGACCAGAACAUCUUCUCCUUCUACCUGAACAGGGACCCAACCGCGCAGCCCGGGGGUGAGCUGAUGCUGGGCGGCACGGACUCCAAGUAUUACAGGGGUUCUCUGUCCUACCUGAAUGUCACCCGCAAGGCCUACUGGCAGGUCCGCCUGGACCAGGUGGAGGUGGCCAGCGGGCUGACCCUGUGCAAGGAGGGCUGUGAGGCCAUUGUGGACACAGGCACCUCCCUCAUGGUGGGCCCUGUGGAUGAGGUGCGUGAGCUGCAGAAAGCUAUCGGGGCCGUGCCGCUGAUUCAGGGCGAGUACAUGAUACCCUGUGAGAAGGUGUCCACCCUGCCCACGAUCACACUGAAGCUGGGAGGCAAAGGCUACAAGCUGUCCCCAGAGGACUACACGCUCAAGGUGUCGCAGGCCGGGAAGACCCUCUGCCUGAGCGGCUUCAUGGGCAUGGACAUCCCGCCACCCAGCGGGCCACUCUGGAUCCUGGGCGACGUCUUCAUCGGCCGCUACUACACUGUGUUUGACCGCGACAACAACAGGGUGGGCUUCGCCGAGGCUGCCCGCCUCUAGUUCCCAAGCCGUCGGCGUGCCAGCACAGAAACAGAGGACAGUCCCGGAGGAGGAGGCCCCCGGCCCCCCGGCGCCUCCCACACGUAGUCACACACACUCACACACUUG